UCUACUGUAUAGAGAAACCAGCUGGGAAUGGCAUUUGACUCUCCCGGACUGAAUUAACUCGCGUGUUGUGUUGUUAGAAAAAUUGUUAAGCAAAAUUAUGAUAAAAUAAACCGAGAAAAGCUAUUAAAUCUCUCCCAAAUGGACGUAAUGAAUUGUAAAGAAUCUUCUGAUGGAUCAUUUUGUCGUCUUUGCUUCACAAGAGAAGGAAUCUUCCGGAGAAUCCACAACAGCGCUGAUGUUGAAGGAUUGAACAGCAGCAGCAUCAUCCCACAGCUUGUGGAGAAGCAUCUACAUGUUGAGAUCUACGAGGUUAGCUACCAAGUUUGUGAGGAAUGUUGCCAGCAACUUUACACCUUUGGAGAAUUUUACACAAAAAUUCAUGAACAAAUUGAUAAAUUCUUGUCAGAACUACAGCAGAAUGUUGAGAAUGUAAAGUCUGAAUAUCCGGAAAACUGUGUCCAAGAGAAUCCUCUUGAUUCCUCCAACAACUUCGAUGGAAUUGAUAGAAAUUCCGGAGAAUCUGAUGAGGACACCAAAGCAUCUUUUACAAUUGAAAAGCAAGAAGAUUUACCUUCCAUUCCUUCAUUAGAAGCCGUUGCCAUCAAAAAAGAAGAACCAUCUCCACAAAAAAGACCAAUUAGAUCGUGUAGAACAAAAAAGAAUCAUCCGAGUGAUUCCUCAGAGGUGAAAAAAUCCACGAAGAAGGAAAAGAAGAGAAAAAUGUCCACUGUAGCUGCUCUUGUGAAGGAAGAUCCCGAAUGUCAGCCACAGAGUCUCCGAAAGAGUCAGAAAAGUCACAAAAAGACAAAUGAGUUUAUUGAAUUUGAUUUCCGGGAGGAUGAUAGUGAUUCAGACGAGAAUUCCGAUGAAACUGGUUGGGAGGAAUGCCCCGGAGGUGGACCCAUUAAUUUGGAUAAAUUCCCCAAUCCAAUCAUCGAGAAUGGUCUGCUCAGGGUUAAGGGGAAGGAAUUGAUGGGACUUAUUAAUAAAUUCUACAGCCUGGAGUGUAAUGUCUGUGAAAAGACCAAAUUCCAGACUCUGCGGGAUCUCAUUGAGCACUACAAUGAUGUGCACAAGGAAAAGGGCUACGUUAUGUGUUGUUCGUCGAAGUUUAAGACCUACCCGGCAAUCAUUAUGCACAUGGCCCGACAUAUUCAACCGGAUGCCUUCAAGUGCAACGUCUGUGGGUACAUGGUGACUCGACCACGCUUCCUGGAGAACCACAAAAAGACUCAUCUACCCGAGGAGGAGAAACCCUUUGCGUGUGAUCAUUGCCCACGGAGAUUUUGCUGGAAGACUGCCUACCAGGUGCACCAGUUGACGCAUCAGGAGAAAGAGGAACGAAAGCAAUUUGUCUGCCACAUCUGUGGGCAUUCUUACAAUACUCCCGGAGGUCUCUGUACGCACAAGAAGCGCGUCCACACGGACAGCAAGACCGAACCCCAUGUUUGUCACAUUUGCGCCAAGAAGUUCGCCACGAGGACAGGGUUGAAUGAGCACAUGUCUACGAUCCAUCAACCACGGGAGCGGGGUCAGUUGCAGUGUCAGGAAUGUGGGAAGUGGUUGAUGAACAGUCGCUGCCUCAAGUCUCACAUGAUUCUUCACAGCUCUGCCAUCUUCAGCUGCACCAUCUGUGACUACACAACAAAGAAAAAAUCCCUGCUGCGUCGUCACAACCUGACUCAGCAUUCGGAUGAAAAGCCCUUUGUUUGCACCAUCUGCAGCAGAGCUUUUAAGCUCAAACGCGCCCUCACGGUGCACAUGGCCCAACAUGAGAGCACAAAGCAGUACAAAUGCAACUUUUGCGAACGCGUCUUCAACAGUUCCACGAAUUUCUACACCCACCGGAAGGCAGCCCAUCCGGAAGAGCUGAAUGCGCUGAAACAAGCAAAACUAGAGGAGCAGCGACAGAAACGAAUUGCAGCCGGAGUGGAAGAUGCAAAUCCCAUGAUUUCCGACGAUGAAGCAGCACAGGGGAAUUCUCUUGUAAUCCUUCCCAUGUCUCCCAUUGAGCAUCCCGUGGAUUUUAGCACCUACAACCAGCAAGUCCAUGAAACCUACCACAUUGUUGAUCAUGAAGGAACCAUCACAGCAAUAAUUCAAGAAAAUCUCGCAUCAGACAGUAUGAUGUGAGGCAGAUCAUCUCUCGGAGAGAGCAUUUAAAGUCCAAAUCUCCACAGUAUUAUUAAAUUAACGACAAAAAAUUAA